GCCGUCAGGCCCCCUGUCUCUGUGGACAACGGGACAUCGGCCUGGGGGAAACCCAUGGACACCAGCUCCACCUGGGAGGAGCUGGGACACAGAGGGGACAGAGACAGGGGGGAUAACUCUGGGACAGGAGGCUGGGGAGGACCUGGACCACAGAACCACCACAAACCUGGUCCCAAGCCCAUGCAGCAGCAGGAGAGUAGUAGCUGGUGUGGGGAGGAGGUGUCGUGCCAGUCCAGCUGGGAGCCAGAGGAGGAGGUGGAGAUUGGGAUGUGGAGCAACACCCCUAGUCACAGAGACAGGGAGAGAGACGGUCACAGAGACGGCCACGGUCAGGACAACAGGAACAAUGGCCCACAGCAACACAGCUGGAACUACAUGAAGAAAGUCCCUCCCAAGAUGAACAAAUCGGUGAACAGGCCGGAGGAUCCCUGGAUGAACCAGUUUGUCAAACAGUUCAACAACAUGAACUACCCUAGAGACUCUCCUGAAGACUCGUUGAAGAGCAAUAAGAUGGAGAUGGGAGUAGGGCUGCCGUCCGAUCAGCGUAUGGAUGCGAACAUGGGAGAGUACAGCGGAGCGAUGGGGAAACACUCUGCCUCUGGUAGGCAGCAGCAGCUCCACAAAGAGCCUCCCAUGGAGAGGAGCCCUUACUACGACAAGCUCUCCCUGCCGCUCUCUGCUUAUGAUAGCUCCGCCUCGGAGGAGCUCUCCUCCAAUCACGGCAUGAGCUUUUCCCCCUCCCACUCUGCUCAGCCUAUCCCCUCUGUCUGCUCAGGGCAGGCUCCCACCCCUUCUAUCUCUGGGGUUGGUAGGCAGAAUGUAAACUCCAUGUACGGUGGCAGCAGCAGUGCAGCACAAACUCGUACCGCCCCCCAGCCCCCGACCCAACCCCUCAACUCAGCCCAGAACAAUCACCGCAACCAAGUGCCUCCUCCACCCAUCCUGUCCUCUCAGGUCCCUCCCUCGCUACUGAAGUAUCCUCCCAGUGCAGGAGGUCUGAACCUGUUUGGUCCUCAGCAGGUAGCUGUUCUCAACCAGCUGUCUCAACUCAACCAGCUGUCUCAACUCAACCAGCUCAACCAGUUACAGCGUCUCCUCCUCCUCCAGCAACAGCAGCAGCAGAAGUCUCAUCAGCAGAGUCAGAGACCCAUGAUGCCUGUUGGACGCCAGCAGGACCAGCAGGGCCGUCCUAUUGGUUCGUCCCAGUCGAUGAUGCAGCCUCCGCAUCACCUUGACCCCUCCCUCCUGAAGCAGAACCCCGCCCACCAGCCCCUCAAGUCCUACCUGGACAACUACAUGCCCCAGAAUGCAUCUGAGCUGCAGAAGGAGCCCAGCUCUAUGGGCUCCUUUACCAACUUCCCUUUAGGCUUGACCUCUGACCUGAAUGUAGGCCUGGACAUGGGGUCUGGUGUGGGCUGUAAGGAGCCUCAGUCUCGUCUGAAGAAAUGGACGGCCAUGGACAUGCCCGUUAACUCACCUCUGGAGCGCAAACCUGGUGCUAUGUCUGGGUUGCGUCUGGAGGAUUCUCCAUUCGGUCCCUUGACUUCCUGUCUGCUGGCUCCGCCCCCUCAGCUCUCCCGGCCAAUCAAUGGGCUCGGUGGCGACAGCUGGCCCUCGUGCCAAAUCCCCCCAUGGAAACACCAACGAUACCUGGCCCCCAGAGUUCCGCCCGGUGAGCCAUGGAAGGUUUACCCCAACAUCGACCCUGAGACUGACCCUUUCGUGACCCCUGGUAGUGUCAUCAACAACCUCUCCAUCAACACCGUCCUCCACGUGAGACCACCACAGAGACCUGACAGUACAGCCAGGUCCAGUGAGUCUAAAUGGUGUCCAGGAGGGUCUAACACAUCUCUGGCCCAUGAGCUGUGGAAGGUCCCUCUGGCUCCUAAGGGGAUGGAUUGGCCCUGUAGUGGAAAUCAACUGCAUCAGGGUGAUAAAUCCUCUGUUCUCUCCCGUCACUCAGGCUGUAGUUGGAGUGACGACUGCAGCAGCUCAGGGACAACCAACUGGCUCGUUCUCAAGAAUCUCACAACUCAGAUGGACGGUUCUACUCUGAGGACUCUCUCUAUGCAACACGGUCCUCUGAUUACAUUCCACCUCAACCUGCCACACGGCAAUGCUGUCGUCUGCUACAGCUCCAAGGACGAGGCAGCCAGGGCACAGAAGAGUCUGCACAUGUGCAUACUAGGGAACACUACUAUCCUGGCUGAGUUUGCCAGCGAGGAGGAAAUCAACCGUUUCUUUGCACAAGGUCAGUCAUUGGCCGCUCUCCCGGGCUGGCAGGUCAUUGGCUCCUCUCAGAGCCGAAUGGGCGGAGCCUUGGAGGUCCCACCCUUCCCCAGCCGCGCCCCCGAGCCCAGUCAAUGGCACGUCGGCGACCUCCACGGCUCUUCCCUUUGGGGCGGGCCGAACUAUUCCACUAGCCUAUGGGGAGCGCCAGCGAGGGAGGCGAUCAGCAGCCCUUCUCCAAUCAGCUCCUUCCUCCCUGUGGAUCACCUGACAGGGGGCGGGGACUCCAUGUGAAGCCGGCCUCAGUUAAGCGUCAGUCCAAAACGCUGUGUAGCGUGGCGACGGACGGAAUAGUCUAGAAUAGGUUAUCGCCACAGUCUCAAACACAAAGAAAAAACAACCAGAAAAAGACCAAAAACAGACUUAGGUAAAAAAAACACAAAUGGCACUAGUUGGUCUCCUUCUCACUUACAUAUAUACAG